UCGCAGCUGAAUCUCAUCCUGCACAAAAAACUCUCAAACGAUGUCUCAACCGUACGUUCCGAUAGCCAAUGCACAACCGGGAUUUGGACGGGCAGCCCCUUCAGCUCCCAUCACAUACCUAUGCGCCGAUUGCGGAAAAGACAACUCGAUCAAGCCUCGGGAGCCGAUUCGAUGCCAGGAAUGCGGUUGUCGCAUUAUGUACAAGAAGCGAAUAAAACGAAUGGUUCAAUUUGAAGCUAGGUGAACUCGUUGGAAUCAAAAAGCAGCUCACGUCGGUAAACCCGGGCCCUGUUUUUAGCUCUUGAUCACCACCUCCAGCCAAAUUUCUUUCUCCUCCGAUAUUUCACUUUGUAUCUCUCUUGAUGUCUCUCGCGAAAAGCCUGAUAAUUCCAACAAGCCCGAAAAAUAAUCAAAUCUCCCAUCAAGUCGAUCGAGUACCCACUGGACAACACGGCAUGCCUUACGCAAUUGGCUUUGACUCGUUUUUUCUUCUUCUUCCUUUUCCCUUCUUCAAUCAAAAAUACCAUGAAAACGCGCAAUCGAAACAUGCUUACGAC